ACAUCUCCCACAUGCCUCGACUAAAUAGCACCUUGCUAUUCACCGUGGGCCUACAAAAUUUCUACUUAAUCAGUUAAUUCUUCAUAGUGGGCAGCUCCGUCCUACCAGGGACAAUGCAGCCCUCCUUCACCAAAUCACGGAAACGUGCCGCGAGUAGUGUGCCAGACGCCAGCUCCCUCGAAACCCAUACUCCUCGUCCUCUCGACCAGCUGAAACGCACCAGGACGGAGGAUGAGCUAGACGCGAUUGACAUCAUCCCGGCCGCAAAGGCUUGGCCCGUCGGCAUUGCCAACAUCUUAAGCUCGCCCGUGCUGAGGAAACCUUUGGGCAGCCAUCUACAGCCUCACGAUAAUUUCGAAAACCAUAUUGAAGGCGGAUCUAUCUUUGUGGUUUGUGUUCAGGGAGUAUGCCAAUUACAUUACGAUCUACUAUGCAAUGCUCUACCCGAUCUAUACGCUAUCUCGCCGACCCUCCAGGCCCUCGUCCUAUGUCAUAACCCGUCUACCCACUCACCGUCGACUACAACAUUGGUUUCCUUGCCAUUGGUAGAAGCUAUCGGAGCGUCGGGUAAUCACUUCGUCAGACUCGGCCUCCUACACCCAUUGGGCAAUGGACAAGACCCGUUGGAUGCACUGGUUGUGUUAGAUCCUCUCGGGCGACGACGGUUGCUCCUCCCCUUUGGCUGGGGCGCUGGCCGCCAUGCCGGAGCUGUUGGAGGUGGACGAAUAGUUCAGCGCCGGUUUAUGGAUGCUUUGACGGAGUGCGUGGAGAGCUUGGUAAAAGAGUUUCAAGAUGGAUAACAUGGUUCGGAAUACCUUCACCGCUGGUCGCUAGCUGUCGAGUCAAGAAGUAAAGAACAAUCACGCAACUAUGGGCGACACGAGAGCAAAGUCAUCAACACGAACAACCACGGGAAUAAGAUGACACGAGGGCGGCUUGUGUAUUAAUUCAUUGAUUUGCAGGUUGGCCUGCUAUCGUCAACGCCAUAGGGUGUAAUCGAUGAUCGUCUAAGCGCCUUGCCCGACAAGGUAGACUGAGCGAGUCUGAACCGCCAUCUUGAACUUGGUCUACUUGUCUGCGAUGGGGAAAUCGCUGCCGGUGGUGUUCUUGUACUGCUUGCGAAUGAAGUCGGAGAUCUGCUCGUCCUUGGCCUGCUCGAUGGCCGACUCGUUGCUCUGGUCGCCGGCUCCGAGAAACUUCUCUUGGACGAAAUCGACACC